GUUGGUGCGGGACAGGUGGGAACUCCGGUUAGACGAGCUCACGCGAAAAAGACAAACGAGCCGGCGACAAAUAGAUACUCGUACUUAAUUUACACAGUACGGCGACUUGGAUUGGAUUAAAGCGAUAAACGCAGAAAUUCUAUAGCAUUUCGUUAGUGAAAUGUCUUACCAGAGAGCGAAAACCUCAAAGAGAAAGUGCAAAUAGUUUGACGUGAAUGGGAUCGGUGACCUAAGCAGAUAUGCCAGCUGAUGACAAGGUUGCCAUCCUGACCGACGACGAUGAGGAGGAGUCACAGGACAAGUCGGUGCCAGAGGGAGCCUUCAACAAACUGUCAUUGCAGCAGACAAGUGUUCCUGCUCCUAUUUCCAUCGACUCCUCAGCCGAGCUGCCUGUGAACUCACAAUCCAGGCCGUCCAGCUCCUUGAACUGCUGUCAGAGGAUCUUGCACCGCAUCAACAUUCAGCUCCUCAUCUCGAAAAUCUUCUAUUUCUUCUUCUACGCCGCCUAUGGCUCCCUGCACCCACUGCUUGCGGUCUACUAUAAGCAGCUGGGCAUGUCAGCCAGUCGCAGCGGCUUGCUGGUGGGCAUCCGCUACUUCAUCGAGUUCUGCAGCGCGCCAUUCUGGGGCCUUGUGGCCGACCGCUUCAAGAAGGGGAAGGCGGUACUGCUGUUCUCGGUCUCCUGUUGGCUGUUGUUCAACUGCGGCAUCGGCUUUGUGAAGCCAGCCGACAUGAAAUGUGUGGAGGAGGGUGUCGACGUGACCACGCGGCCGCCGGCAACCAGUGCUCUCCCGCCCGGAAAUGUCACAAAGGAGAGUAACUCCAGCGACCGCAUUCGCCGCAGCCUCAUUGACCUCCACUGGCUCACUCAGUUCCCAGUCCCCAGAACCAAGCGAAGCAUCAACGAUACAACAAUUAACACCACUACUACAACUGUCAUGCCUGUUCCGACAAUCAGUCCCAAGGAGCACCACAUCAUCUACGACAACGCCCAAGUGGAGAACAUCUUCCUCAUUAUUUUACUGCUCAUCAUCGUGGGCGAAUUCUUCAGCGCUCCGGCCGUCACCAUUGUUGACACGGUCACACUGCAGUACCUCGGCAAGGCCCGCGAUCGCUACGGCCUGCAGAGGAUGUGGGGCUCUCUGGGUUGGGGGCUGGCCAUGCUGCUGGUGGGCAUCUGGAUUGACCACACGCACAUCAGCGGCAUAGUAGAUGGCCUUGGCUGCAUCGUGCCCGACUUUCGCAACUAUCAGAUCGCCUUCAUCGUCUUCGGUGUGCUUAUGGGUGCGGCCUUUGUUGUAGCCACUCAGUUCCACUUUGAAACGGGUGGUGAAUAUCGGCAGGAGGUUCCAGAGGGUAUCGCUGAAGAUACAGACAGCCCACGGGCGCCAUCUAAUUUGAACCCGACCGACAGUAGCACCGUCGUCGAUCAGGAAUUCCACUACAGCGACCUUCUGAAGCUGCUGUGCAGCGUGCGCUACAGCUCGGUUCUAUUUGUGGCCUGGUUCAUGGGCUUCGGCUACGGCUUUGUCUUCAGCUUCCUGUACUGGCACCUGGAGGAUCUUCAUGGCACUUACACGCUCUUUGGCAUCUGCUCUGUCCUGAGUCACGUCUCGGAGCUCGGCGCCUACUUCACCAGCCACAAGUUCAUUGAGCUGGUGGGACAUAUCAGGGUGCUCUACAUUGGGCUGGGCUGCAACACUGCGCGCUACCUCUACAUCUCGUACCUACAGAAUGCCUGGACUGUGCUGCCAGUGGAGGUCCUUCAAGGUGUAACCCACGCCUCUGUUUGGGCCGCUUGUAUUUCCUACUUGAGCGCCGCUGUGCCGCCAGCUCUCAGGACGUCCGCCCAGGGCAUCCUGCAGGGUCUUCACCUCGGGCUGGGCCGCGGCUGCGGGGCCAUGGUGGGGGGGCUCCUGGUCGGAUAUUUUGGCGCUGCAGCGUCAUUCCGGGGGAUUGGCAUGGCUUCCCUGAUCAUCCUCCUCAUCUUCGUCCUCAUCCAGUGUCUGACAGGCCAAACGGAAGGAAACGAGGCUAAAAUGCUGGCAGAGAACAUUCCAGUCCCCUCCAGCCCUGUUCCCAUUGCCACCAUUGACUUGGUCGAGAACCAAAGCAGGGACCAAGGAGGGAACCCCACCCUCCACCAGCAGGUCACCCCUCUUCCUGUGAAGAAGACCAAGUACCAAGAAGAGCAGGAGGACAUCGCCCGGCCGGCCUGGGUGCUCUCGGGUGCCCCCUGGGUCACCAUUGCCUUUGCUAUUGUCCAGAUCAAAGAAAUGGUGAAGAUGGCAAAGAGUGGACAGUCGCCACGUGAGACUCAGCGCCUACAGGUUCCUCAUGAUGGAGCGGCAGUGGAGGCAACACACAGAACCGCUGGCGAAUGCGACAUCGUACCCACAGCCGGACCGAGCCCCACCCCCACAGCACCAACAGACUCUAACAAAAAGCAGCAGACUGCGGAUGAAAAAAACAACUUCAAAUAUCCGUAGUUGAAUUUGCUGUCACUUUUAAGACUGUAAAUCCUUCUGGUGAUGACAAAGUGCCUCUUUCAUAAGUUAUACCAUAUGAUGGUGAUUUAAUUUAAAUGUAACUGAUGAGUUGAGUCUAUUUUCAGGCUUUUCCGAGCUGUUUUAUGUGAAACCAGUUUUUACAUCAACAUUGCGGUUUGCUUGACAAAAGUCGAUUUUUGAUCACCUUGUCUUCCACAUUCCCAGCGAAGCACUGUAAUGCUUGAAACAGUAUUUCAAACUAUCUUAUCAUUGCAGUUAUUUCAAAUAGCUUAUAUCAUGCAUUGGAGAUGUGGUGACUGCAGUUUGGAAAAGAAUCAUGGCGUCAAGCGCUCAGCUCACUGAAAGUGACCAUUUAAAAUAAAAUGCCAAAGAAUUCCCACUACUGUA